AUGUCGUUUAUUUAUCGACAGAUUCUUUUCGGUCUUUUACUUUCAUUUGCUUUUUUCAAUAUUUAUCAACACCGAAAGAUUUUUUUCCCGAAAUUCGACGAUGCUCUUGGAAACAUUCAUGAAUAUAUAACAAAUUUCCGAUCUUACAUUCGAGAGAAACCAAUUUCACCUCGACAGCCAUGCAAAUCAGUGAAGAAUGAGAAUAAUUACGAUCUUUCUCAAUACAAAUAUAAAUGUCCUCAUCAUCGGUAUGUUACUCGAAUGAUCGAGCGAAGUCCAUUAAUUAUUUAUAUCGAAAACUUCCUGACUCCUAAUGAAAUCCAACAUUUAAUUGAUUUAGUUGAACCGACAUUUAAACCUUCAAAAGCCAUCGAAGAGAAUGGAUCACCUUCCGUCGGUGAUUUUCGAACAUCGCACUCGGCUGUGAUUAAAAGUCAACAAACACCUGUGGUAACAUGUAUUGAACAACGAUUUGCUCAAUUUCAAGGUGAUGUCGAAAUCGAAAAUCUUGAACCAUUGCAAGCAGUAAAGUAUAUAUCUGAUCAACAUUACAAACCUCAUUACGAUUGGUUUCCAUUUGAGGAAUAUACAAAGGUUAGUGGUCAACGAGUGACAUCGUUUUUCACAUAUCUCCAAGCGAAUUGUUCGAUGGGCGAAACCGAAUUUGUUAAUAUUACAUUCAAUGCCACAUCUCAUCGACAAUUUUGUGAUAUUUUAACUUGUGACGAGAAUUCUCCCAAAGCGGGCAUACGAUUUCGGCCAUUGCCAGGAAACAGUAUUUUUUGGUUUAAUAUAGAUGAAGUGGGCGAAGAAGAUUAUAUGACAUAUCAUGCAGGUCGUGCGCCUGGAAAGAAUGGACUGAAGAUUGGAUUAAAUACUUGGACACGUGCAAAGAAAUACUUUCCAAUGCCUAAACAAAACUAG